UUUAUUCCACAUGUCAGCACACAAAUACUCCUGUUUUUUUUUUUUUUUUUUUUUUUUUCUGUGGCAGUUUCGUUGUCUCGUGUUCUCCGCAAGAAGGACGAUCGACGAGUCUCGGCGUCUCCUCCUUCUUCGCUCGUCUUCGCCGUUCGCUCGUCUCCUCCUUCUUUGAUCAUCAUCAUCAGGUGGGUUUACCGGUUCUGGAUUAGCGGAGCUGAAGCCGGAGCUUGUGACAAUGGGUUGCGUCUCCGAUCUCGCUUGCAAAGAGACGUUCUCAGGCUACAGUUCAUGGCGCAGUUCUGUAGAUCCACGAUUCCGAACGAUUUCGAAUCUUCUCGCCAUGAACAAAGCCAUGAAAGCGAGUCUGAAUUGCUAAGGUUUGAAGACGAAGAGAUUGAAGAAAGCUAUCAGAGGCUGAGGGAAAGGGAGAUAAGUCAUGCAUAUUUGCGUGACUGUGCUAAGGCUUACUGCUCCACCAUGGACCAUACUGAUCUCAUCCCACGUCUACGCUUGAUCAUGGUUCAAUGGAUUUUGCAGGUGAACAUUAUCAUUAUGCUCUUAUAUGCAUUUGGCUAGAUGUAUAUAUCAGUGGAGAAUACAAAUAAAAAAUGGGAGGGGGGGGGGGGGGUUUAUAGAUGGAUUUAUGAUUGUUACAGAUGUUAGGAACAAGUAUUUUGAGAUCUUGUUGCUGGCUUGUCUGAAUUCUAUAGCUUAUAUCAGAAUCUUAUAUUGUGAAUGUAUGUAUCAAUCAGUAAGCUAUAUUAAGUUUCAUUUGCUGCCAGAAGCAGGAGCAGUCCAAUGAGGUGGAAAACGGCCUCCUGGUGUUUCUAUGUUCUUUUUAAAGCUUAUUUGUCUGAAAUGCUCUGUCUUUUAUUAUUCAAAAGAGUAUCUAUGUUUAUGUGUUGUUGUUAAAGCUUACUUGUUUACGUGUGCAUAGAGAAUACAUGAGAUGGAAGUCACAAGAGCGGUCCGUAUGUGUCACACGCAUUGUCCGUAUGUGUCACAAGAUGUAUAUAUAAAGUCUGUUUUGUAAAGUCACAAGAGUUAAAACAAUGAGUUUGUUGUCUAUAUAAAGUCUAUGCUUGUUAUUCACCAAGUUAAGCACAAACGAUUUUGUAAAGUCUAUAAAAACACUCAUUCUCUCCUUUACAAAAGCCAUAAACGCAAAGCCUCCUUGAUCAUCUCCUUCGCAAAACACAAAGCCUCCUUAAUCAUCACAAAGUCGCCUUGAUCUGCAAGUUAUCGCAUUCUCUCAUUGUCUCAUUAUCGCAAAACACAAAACACUUUCAUUUCAAAUGCUCUCAAUGUCUCAUUCUCUCAUUGUGUCAUUUCAAAUGCUCUAAUUCUCUAAUUAUCUCAUUAUCUCAUUCUUAUUCUCUCAUUCUCAUUCUCUCAUUCUUAUUAUCCCAUUCUCUCAUUGUCUAAAUUAUUCACCAAAAAAAAACCAAAACAUUUUCUAAAUUUUGAUCACAUAUAUGGCAAAACGAGUUCAUAUCGUAAGAAAUCGUGAAGAAGGCGAUCUACGUUUAUGGAAUGAUUAAUUCAGUGAAACUUCAACAUAUCGUGAUGAAGACAACAACUGAGUUCGGAAUGUUUUUUUCAAAUUAUUCUUGAUUAUUGUAUUAGUCUUUUAUUUUUAUGUUUUUUUUAAAUAUAUGUUUUAAAUGUUAUCUUUUAAUAUGUUUUAUUUAAUAAAUAAAUAUCUUUAGAAAAAAUAAUUUUUUUUUAAGAACCUCUAAUUAAGAAACUCCCAUUGGACCGCUCAAAAUGGGAGUUUCUUAACUAGAGUUCUUAACUUCACUUAAGUAUAUUUAAAGUAUUAAAUAAUCAUUAAGAAACCCACUUAAGAAUCAUGGGAUAAUCAUGCUCUUAGAGCAACUUUAUUGCGGUUUCGGGAAGGGGUUUUUAAAGAAAUAACAUGAAUUAAUUAAAUGUAAACUAAAUUAAAAUGGGUGAUACCGUUCCUUAUCAUGUGGUUUGCGAAUCGGUUUCUUAAUGAAAGAAGGAAACACGUGUAAGAUGGUGGGCAAGACAACACCAUUUUUUUUCCUUUUCCCUUUUUUCUUUCUCGGUUCUUUCUUCUUUCUCUUGUUUUCUCCGUCAUCUCUCUUCGGUUCUUCGACAUCUCAGAGGAAGACGAUGGUUUGUUCUUCGUCUUGUCUUCGUCGAUCGAUUGAAGAUCGGAAAUGAUGGUUUGUUCUUCGUCUUCUCUUCGUCUUCUCUUGGUCGAUUGAUGGAAGGUGAGAGUUGAUGGUUUGUUCUUCGUCUUCUCUUCUUCUUCUCUUUGUUCUUCGUCGAUGGUUUGUUUCUGAGGCAGAGUUUGUCAAUUGAUGGAAGAUCAGAGUCAUGCAUCAAGAAAGGAGAAGCUGAGAUUCAACGAUCACAAGAAGAAUCAAGUCUUCUUCAAUAAAGGUCAGGUUCAUCUUAUUGUUUCUCUAUUCCAUUGUAUUCAAAGUUCAUAGCUUUUUAUUAGGACCAAUGAACAUAAUUGAUUAACAUCAAUUAGCUCCUUGUGGAUCAAUUCUUUUGGUUUAGUUUAGGAAUCUCCGAGAACUCUGUUUUCUAUUCGUUUGAGUCCUUGUGGAUCAAUACUUUUGGUUUAGUUUAGUUGAUUAACACAACAUUAUUUUGUUUGAUAACACUUGAGGAAGGUAUCUGAAAGAGACAGGACACAACAUGGAGCACGAGUGGAAGAGAAUGAUUCUCAACUGGAGAUUAUACAUAGCAAGGGAUAAAGUGACUACAGAUGGUGUCUUUGUUGAGGUAGAAGCAUUGAAUUGAAACAGAGGAUGGUUAACAAUCACAUCGACAAGCUUUGUUGAGGCAGAAACAUUGAAUGUCUAGGAUAUGGAUUCUACGAAUCCAUAUAGUCAAAACUCCAACUUUGUUGAUCUGUUGAACAGUCAACAAGAUGGUUUCCCUCCUCAAACCUAUUUUCGUGAGAGUUGUUCACAACUCCCUGUUUUUAGUACUCAAUGUACUGAACCUUCAAGUUUGCGUGAAGACACACCAUCAGAGAAAAAAGAAAGAAAGAAAUGGAGUCUCACCGAGGAUGUUGUGCUUAUUAGCGCAUGGUUGAACACCAGUAAGGACCCUGUUGUAGGCAAUGAGCAAAAAGCUGCUGCUUUCUGGAAGCGUAUAGCUAGUUACUUUGCAGCUAGUCCAAAGGUUCAAGGCAGUGAAAAGCGAGGGUUUAUCCAGUGUAAGCAGAGGUGGCAGAAGAUAAAUGAUCUCGUUUCCAAAUUUUCUGGUUCUUAUGAGGCUGCAACAAGACAGAAGACAAGUGGAAUGAAUGAGAAUGAUGUAGUUAAACUAGCACACGAGAUCUUCUUCAAUGAUCACAAGAUCAAAUUUAAUCUUCAACAUGCGUGGGACGAGCUAAGGUAUGACCAGAAAUGGUGUGAAGCAUCUAGUAGUAAGAUUGAUGGAAGCUGUAAGAAGAGAAAGUGUGACGAUGGUGCUCAGUCCUCAAGCUCUUACGCAACUACCAAUGAUGCUGAGCAACGUCCUCCUGGUGUCAAGGCAUCGAAACGAGGAAGUGGUAAGAGAAUCGGUGAAGCCCUCAAGGGUGUCUCUGAGUUUCAGAACUUGUGGGCAAUUAAGGAGAAAGAUUUGGAUGUGAAAGAGAGACUGUCCAAGAUGGGGCUGCUUGAGACUCUCAUUGCCAAAAAAGAGACACUAUCUGACUUUGAAGAAGCUUUAAAAAAGAAGCUUAUUACAGAAAUGUUGGGCGGCUCAGAGUAGUUUCUGGUUCUGUUUCCGAAGGGUGUUGUGUUCAUCACAUAGUGGAGCAUUGCAGUGGAAAAGCAGAAGUGUUUUGUUGUUUUCUUGUGUCAGUCUUAUGUCUUUGUUGGUUUGUUGUGUCACGGAAGUAGCUAUGUCUUUCUUGGUUUGUUGUGUCACAAGACUGCUGUUGGGUUUGUUGUUUUCUACUCUCAUUGUCUUUAAAUGAAAUGAAGUACUCUAGUUUGUAAUGAAAUGAAAGUAUUCUAGUUUCUUUGUGUCAUUUGUAGUUUCAGUGUUCAUCGCCAAUAUCAUCUCUUUCUCAUAUUCUCGUUUCUCAAUCACAUAUCAUCAAAAUAUCAUCGCCAAUAUCAUCUUCUCUUUCUCAUACCAAGGGCUGCAACAAAACAUACCAAGGGAUACAACAAAACAAGGACUGCAUAAAGAGAUACUCCGUAAGGCAAGUUCACAAACAUUCAUCAUAGUUUUUUUUUUAAUGAAGGUGAUUAAGAAGGGGUAAGUUAUAUU